AUAAUAAUCAAUCCUUGGACUUGUCAGACGGCGAAGAUGACGAGGGAGGCACCGAAGAUAGAGUGGAACGAGGGGAAAGGGAGAUUCGAGACGGAGGAUCACGAAGCAUACAUAGAAUACAAGAUGAGAAACAAGGGUAAAGUGAUGGAUCUGGUUCACACGUACGUUCCUUCUUCCAAACGAGGAUUAGGCUUAGCUUCUCAUCUCUGCGUCGCUGCUUUCGAACACGCCUCCUCUCACUCCUUCUCCGUCAUCCCUUCCUGCUCCUAUGUUUCGGAAACGUUUCUUCCUCGGAACCAGUCAUGGAAGCCUCUAGUUCAUUCAGAGGAUCUCAAGUCUAGCAUCUGAACUACACUCCUUCUUUCUCCUUGUCCUCUGUUAUAAGACUGUAAUAUUUUAUAAGUAAAUGACUCUAAAAUAAUCGUUGAUUGGUUUUUACCUUGAAACAUCUUGUAAUCAAAACCAAAGCGACUGGAUUUAUCUUUAUGAAUCCUAAAGCUUUCACUUAUCGCAAUUCGAGUUUACUUUUUGGUUUA